UGGCUCAUUCAUAAGAUUGUGAGUCCCCGCCGCAGCCGGAGCCACUUGGCGUCGCGUCCCGGGAGUCUGCUCGCCCCCGCCGCGCCCGGCCUGCCGCCGCCGGGACUUUGCCCCGCAGCACUUGGAGGAGGCACCGGUCGUCCGCUCUGCCCCUGAGCGGGCCUGGAGACUUGAGGGACCGGGAUAGGCACCGGGAGCAGCCCCCGGCCCGCCGCUGCCCCUCGCGCCCACAGAGGGAUGCAGCGCUGCUAGCCCGCACGCCCGGCCCGGGACGCCUGGGACUCCUACAGCCGGAGCCGGGGCCGCUCGCCCGCCGCCCCGGAGGCGCCACCGCCCGCGGACUCUGGCUCUGCCGCCACCUGCCCCCCGCCUUGGCUUCCCGGCGCCCGCAGCGCGGCCCCCGGCUCCCCGCCGCGCCCCGGGAGAUGUAUCAGGGCUUCCCCGGGGACUACGACUCCGCGUCCCGCUGCAGCUCGUCGCCGUCGGCCGAGUCGCAGUACCUGUCCUCGGUGGACUCCUUCGGCAGCCCCACGGCCGCAGCCGCCUCGCAGGAGUGCAGCGGCCUCGGGGAGAUGCCAGGUUCCUUCGUGCCCACGGUCACGGCCAUCACGACAAGCCAGGACCUGCAGUGGCUGGUGCAGCCCACGCUCAUCUCCUCCAUGGCCCAGUCGCAGCCCCAGGGCCAGCCCCUCCCGCAGCCACCUCCGCAGCCCCCUGCCGUAGACCCAUAUGACCUACCCGGGACCAGCUACUCCACGCCGGGCCUCGGAGCCUACAGCGGAGGUCCCGCGCCCCCACUGCCGCCCCGCGCCCCCCGGGCUCGGCCCAGACGGACACGAGAGGAAACGCUGACACCGGAGGAGGAGGAGAAGCGCCGUGUGCGCCGCGAGAGAAACAAGCUGGCGGCGGCCAAGUGCCGGAACCGGCGCCGGGAGCUGACGGACCGAUUGCAGGCGGAGACGGACCAGCUGGAGGAGGAGAAGGCGGAGCUGGAGUCGGAGAUUGCGGAGCUGCAGAAGGAGAAGGAGCGCUUGGAGUUCGUGCUGGUGGCCCACAAGCCGGGCUGCAAAAUCCCCUUCGCGGACCUGCCGGAGCUGAGCGCCCAGCCCGGCCCCGCCGCCGAGGUGAGCUCCCUGGGCGCUCCCGUUAAGGAGGACCCGUUCGGGCCGGCGCCCCUGCCGUACCCGCCCGGCCCCGAGGGAGCCUUCCCGAGCUGUUGCUUUGCACACGGGGAGCUGCCUGGCGCCCUGGCCCCGGCUAACCCGUCCUAUACGUCUUCGUUUGUGUUCACCUACCCAGAGGGAGCCACGUGUGGAGCCAGCCACCAGCGGAACAGCAGCAGCGACCAGUCCUCGGACUCCUUGAAUUCCCCCUCGCUCCUCGCGUUGUGAAACGCGGACCCUACCCCGCCAGCCCCCUCGGCCGGGCGCUGGCCCCUGCCCCUGCCCCUGCCUCACCCACCAUGGCACCCACGCCCUGGCGGGCGCUGCCGUCUGCUCCCUCCCGGGCACACGUGGACUGCGGGGCCCUGCCCCCUGCGUGUCUGGGCAGCCAUGGACCGUGGGUUCUGCCCCCCUGCCUGCCCGGGCUGCGAAAGGCACGAUCCCGUGCCUGCCUGGGCGCUCAUGGACCAACGGGCACUGCCCCCCGCCUGACUGGGCACCACCAGGCACUGCCCCCCAUCCCCGGCCCGCGCCGUCGCCGAGCCCCCCUCACUGACUGACAUUGUAUUUUGGUGACUGUUUGCCGUGGGCUGGAGGAUUCGGGCUGGGGGCUGUGCCGGGGGUUCGGGAGUUCGGUUCUGCGGCGUCCGCACUGGGGGGAGAGGCGGCGUUGGACUGGGGCCGGGCCUGCGUGCGUCUUGCUGCCCCCCGCCCCUAGAACCCCCCUCCCCUCGGGGCUGCGCUGCAGCACUGGCGGGGGGCACGAUACUGUGAACAGCCCCUCGCCACCUGCCCAGCCCCUGUCCCAGCAUGUCCUGCCCCACCUCUCCCGUGCUGUGCGUAAGCAAGGCCAGGGGUCUCCAUUCCCUGCCUCAUGGGGCUGAGCCCCCCGCCCCCACAACCCCCCGCAGCCUGCUGCCAUAGUGAUGCCUUCCCCCCCCCCCCCCGGUGCCCUGCCGUGGCGGUGAGGCCCCCGCGUGCCCUGCAGCUGCCGUGGCACUGAGACUUUGCACAACCCCUGCUGGCACCCAUGCCCCCUACCCCAUGUGGGGCCAGCCAUGUCACCCUCCCCCAGCCUCACCGACCCCCGCUUGUGUGCACCCCCGCGCCGCUCCGUGCUCUCGUGACCAGGCGUGAGCCACGCGUGUUCUCCGUGCCGCCGUCCGGCGUGUCCCGCCCGGGGCUGGGGCGUCUAUCCCUCCUCCCUUUUUUAAGUUGUUUUGGGGGGGGGGGUUUUGGUUGUUUUGUAUUGAUGAUGAUGAUGAUGUCGAUGUCCCUUGUGCUGUAUUUGUGCGUGACCAUGUCCUGGGUCGGGGGGCGGGCCUGUGCUCCCCCCCCCCUCCCCCGCGCUGCCGCCGCCGCAGCCCGCGCUGACUUUCUCUGCAAAGUGGCCAAUAAAAACCAGCUUUGAACUUGCA